GUGGGUAUUUAACAGCGAGAUAUGGGCUGGCCAGCUCAGUCUGGGCACACGGUGACGCAGCGCAGGGCCGGGGUGGACAUCGGCCAAGGCGGAGAGAUGAGAGCACCCUACUCGCUGUCCUGCCUCUUCCUCCUGAGCCUGGGGGCCUGUGUCCCUCCCAGCGAGUGGCAGGAGCCGGGAGACCCCAGGGAAGGGACCCUGAUGGAGCCCAGUUGGCAAGCGGCAGCGGUGGCCGAGGACUCGGGUGCCUGCUGGAGGGCAGGAGCGAAGCAGAGGCAGAGCGAGGAGCUGAGCGCCCUGCUGGGCAUCAUCCGGGAGCUGCGGGGCGAUGGCAAGGAGGGCAGCGGGCAGAGGCUGGGCAGGCAGCGGGGCUCCGAGCUGCUGCCCGUGGGAGGGGAGAAGCGCAGCGGCACGUUGGGGAACUUGGCCGAGGAGCUCAAUGGCUACAACAGGAAAAAAGGGGGCUUCACCUUCCGCUUUGGGAGAUGA